GUAGUGCAGAGGGAAAGGAACGAGGCGGAGCUAACUCCGUGUGCAAAGCAGGACAUGGAGGAACUUGGGUCCCCCGACGGGGAUCCCGCACGGAGCCUGGAGCGGGGGCCAGAGAGGCCGGAAACGCCCAUCCAGGUAGUCCUCAGGUGAGAAUAGGUUGGCUAGGAGGUGCCCGAGAGAGGAAGGGAAGGGGCUGAUGGAAACAUCGGAUGGACCAUUCGCCCUCCCGUCGGACCCCAGGGUGCGUCCCAUGAGCGCGGCCGAGCUGCGUCGAGGGGAGCAGAGCGCUCUACAUUGCUCAGGGACCAGGACUCUGCAGGUGAGGAACUUCCCUCCCCCUUACUCCCCCCGCCCCCCAAAAAAACUAUCCAGAGGACGCCUCGUUUGUUGCCCCAGACAACUUUGCCCAGACCCCGCCCUCCGCAGGCCCCGCCCCUUCUCCACUGCCCCUUCCCCUAGGUGAGCCCCCCGGGCGGGGGCCCAGACGUAGCGUUCCGCUUCGGCGCAGUGUUGGACGGGGCGUGCACGCAGGAGGACGUGUUCCGGGCCUGCGGUGUGCGGCGCCUGGGGGAGCUGGCGCUGCGCGGGUGAGUGAGGCCCCGGGGAUGCUGCGCACCCCCGCGCUGUCCUUACGCUUCGGUCGAGCCCGGACCCCCGCCCUCUGCCUGGGUCCAGCCGCACCCCUGCCACCUGCAGCUUCUCCUGCACCGUCUUCACCUUCGGCCAGACCGGCUCCGGGAAGACCUACACCCUGACCGGGCCUCCUCCCCAGGUGGGCCAAGCGUAAGAGGAGCCCCCGGGGGUCAGGGGUUGGUGAGCUGGAAGCUCCGGGGAGCCGGUGGGUGCGCAGACUCCCAGAGGGUAGGGCCUUGGACAGUGUAGCCCAACCCCAUGUAUUUGCAGAUAAGGAAGCUGAGGCCCAGGGAGGUGAAGGGACCUGCCCAAUAUGGAGUUCGAAUUUUGUCCCCUUCACUUACAAGCUCUCGGUUUCUUCGUCUGUAAAAUGGGAGUGAUAUUGCUGAGUGUGAGAAUUCAAUGAGAUGUCGUAUGGGAACGUGGCCUAGUUCCUGGGGCAGAGGAGAGGGGGUACCCCUACCCCCCAGCCUGGGUGGCAUCAUGCAGAGGACCUUCGCCUGGCUGUUAGACCGCGUGCAGCACCUGGGCGCCCCUGUCACCCUCCGUGCCUCCUAUCUGGAGAUCUACAAUGAGCAGGUUCGAGACUUGCUGAGCCUGGGACCUUCCCGGCCCCUCCCUGUCCGCUGGAACAAGACCCGGGGCUUCUAUGUGGAGCAGCUGCGGGUGGUGGAGUUUGGGAGUCUGGGGGCUCUGAUGGAACUUCUGCAAAUGGGUCUUAGUCGUCGAAGGAGCUCAGCUCAUACUCUGAACCAGGCCUCCAGCCGAAGCCAUGCCCUGCUCACACUCUAUAUCAGCCGCCGAACUUCCCAGCAGGUGUCUCCCAUGGAUCCUGGGGAACACCCUGUAGGUGGGAAGCUGUGCUUUGUAGACCUGGCCGGCAGUGAGAAGGUGGCAGCCACAGGAUCCCGUGGGGAGCUGAUGCUCGAGGCCAACAGCAUCAACCGUAGCCUGCUGGCCCUGGGUCACUGCAUCUCCCUGCUGCUGGACCCACAGCGGAAGCAAAGCCACAUCCCCUUUCGAGACAGCAAGCUCACCAAGCUGCUGGCGGACUCACUGGGGGGGCAUGGGGUCACCCUCAUGGUGGCUUGCGUGUCCCCCUCAGCCCAGUGCCUUCCUGAGACUCUUAGUACCCUGCGAUAUGCCAGCCGAGCUCAGCGGGUCACCACUCGGCCACAGGCUCCCAAGUCUCCCAUGGCAAAGCAGCCUCCGCGCUUGGAGACCGAGGUGUUGCAGCUGCAGGAGGAGAACCGUCUCUUGCGGUCCCAACUGGGCCAAAGGGACGUCAAGGUCUCCGGAUUCAGUGGGAGCCGGGUGGCCUGGGCCCAGCGGAACCUCUACGGGAUGCUCCAGGAGUUCAUGCUAGAGAAUGAGAGGCUCAGGAAAGAAAAGAUCCAGCUGCAGAGUAGCUGGGACCUGGCCCGGGAUGAGCAGCGUGUCCUGACACAGCAGGUCCAUGAGCUGGAGCGCCGCCUCUUCUCCGCCUGCUGCCUUCACCAGCCAGGCCGUGGCCCAGCCCCACCAUGUCCCUGUGUGAUGGUGCCAGCUCCCUCCUGCCAUGCCCUGCCACCCCUCUGCUCCUGCCCCUGCUGUCAUCUCUGCCCCCUGUGCCGAGCACCACUGGCCCACUGGGCCUGUCCACAGAGGAAGCUCCACCUGCCCCAGGUGUUUGGCCCUAAGGCCCCAAAUGGCAUGUCCCCCUCUGUCCAGCCCUCAGCCUGGGCACCCCCGUGCAGCCCUGGCUCUGUCAAGUGCCAGAGAGAGAGGAGUCACAGCGACUGGACUCAGACCCAAGUCCUGGCGGAAAUGCUGACCGAGGCGGAGGUGGUACCCUCUGCACCUCCCCUGCCCGUGGGGCCCCCGAACACAUCACCGGUGCUGAGAGGUGGGGCCACGGUUCCAAACCUGGCCCGGAGACUGGAGGCUCUCAGAGACCAGAUUGGCAGCUCUCUGAGGCGUGGCCGGCACCAGCCACCCCCGCAGUGAGAACGCACGGAGCCCCAUCCAAGUCCUGCCUCACUGCUGAGGGCAAACCGGAAACCCAGGAGACCACCAUGUGACCUUAGGCUGGGCUCUGAACGCCAGGGUUCGUCUCCUCAUCUGUCCAAUGGGGAUAGCAGCUGCCGUUCCACUCCGCAGCACGCAAGGACAAUUCCUGAGGGCCAGGGGGUGGGGGCUAGAGAAUAAUUUGGGGAAGUAAAGGGAGGGUGCCACCCCAGACUACAAGAAAUGAGACUGGAUUCAGGAGAAAGCAGGCAGCAGGUGAUGAAAUAUUUGUAUCAAUAAAGAGAGGCCUCAGCUCCAA